CAUCCAUCCAUCCAUCCAUCGGUCCGUACUUGCAGAACUCUCGCCCCGCGCCGGACGGCUGGAGCUGGUUAUGGCCAGGCCACCCCAGGCCAAAGACCCCAGCGACCUGGCAAGGUCACGGGAAGAGCUGCCACUGUCCUUCCAGACUUUCCGGACCUCCACCGAGCCCACCCCCGCCUACGGAUACCACCUUGCCUCCGGCCUGGACAGCCUGGAGCACAUGCGAGACCGAGAGUUCGGCCGGUUGCGAGGAACUACUUACCUGGAUCACGCAGGAGCGACCCUGUUUCCCCAAAGCCAACUCACAAGGUUUAUGAAAGAUCUGUCUGAAAAUGUUUAUGGCAACCCUCACAGCCAGAACCUCAGCAGCAAGUUAACAUUCGACACUAUUGAGCAUGUCCGAUACAGGAUACUAGAACACUUCAACACGACCGCAGAGGACUAUACUGUCAUUUUCACCUCGGGGAGCACAGCUGCGUUGAAGCUGGUGGGCGAAGCCUUCCCUUGGAAUCCCACAACCUCAGAGCACCCCGGGAGUCGAUUCCAUUAUCUGACGGACAGCCACACCUCCGUGGUGGGCCUUAGGGCGAUCGCCGACCCCUUAAACGUAGUUUCCACCCCCGUGAAUCCGAGGGAGAUCCUGCUGAUGGCGAAGAGGAGAGACAGUCCCAGAGAACCCAGCUGCAAGACUCCGCAUCUCUUUUGCUAUCCGGCUCAGAGUAAUUUUUCAGGGACCAGAUAUCCUCUCUCCUGGAUCCGGGAGGUGAAGGCGGGAAAUCUCUCUCCCAUGACCGAGCCGGGAGAGUGGUUUGUGCUCCUGGAUGCGGCCAGCUAUGUCAGUACUUCCCCGCUGGACCUCACCUCUCAUCCGGCUGACUUCGUCCCCGUCUCGUUUUAUAAGAUUUUUGGAUUCCCUACUGGCUUAGGGGCUUUGCUGGUGAACAGUCGAAUAGCUCCCUUCCUGAGGAAAACUUACUUUGGCGGAGGGACGGCUUCCGCCUACUUGGCCGGAGAAGACUUUUACAUCCCACGCCAAUCAGUAGCAGAAAGAUUUGAAGAUGGCACAGUUUCUUUCCUUGAUAUCAUAGCACUGAAGCACGGGUUUGACACUCUGGAAGCGCUCACAGGGGGGAUGGAGAAGAUUAAGCAGCACACGUUCACGUUGACUCGCUACACCUACACAGUCUUGGCUUCCCUCCGCUACCCGAACGGAGCCCCCGUGGUUCGCGUUUACAGUGACACAAAAUUCGACAAUCCCGAUACCCAGGGCCCCAUCAUCAAUUUCAAUGUUCUGGACGAAAACGGCUAUGUCAUUGGCUAUUCCCAGGUGGAUAAAAUGGCCAGUCUCCACAACAUCCAUCUCCGGACGGGCUGUUUCUGUAACACUGGGGCCUGCCAGCAGCAUCUGGAGAUGAGCAACGAAACCAUCAAGAGAAACCUUCAGGCUGGCCACGUCUGCGGAGAUAAUAUGGACAUCGUUGACGGGCAGCCCACGGGGUCGGUGAGAAUAUCGUUUGGGUACAUGUCCACGGUGGCUGACGCCCAAGCCUUUUUGAAGUUCAUCGUAGUGACCAGGCUGCUGAAAUCCAACGCGAUUAGUCCCUCUCCAGCAACCCUGCAAGAACUGACUUCCGGGUCAAAGGGAUCUUUAGCCUUGAAUGUACGUGCCAACGGGAAAGAGUCAAAUGACAUUUCCCGAGAAGAUCUCCCCUCAGAUCUGGAGCUGGGGAGUGGUUUGGCCGGUGACACGAGGAUCCUCAAGAUGGAGUCAGACAGGAGCAGCCUGGCUUCCUCAGAGGCAGUGAGGCAAGGGGGCCUCCUCAAACCGGUCACUGUCACCAACAUUUAUAUUUAUCCGAUCAAAUCCUGCGCUGCGUUUGAGGUUACUCAGUGGCCUGUCGGAGAUCGAGGACUGCUGCAUGAUCGCACCUGGAUGAUUGUCAACCAAAAUGGAGUUUGCCUGAGCCAGAAACAGGAGCCUCGGCUGUGUCUCAUACGCCCUUCAAUUGACCUGAAGCAAGACAUCAUGGUCCUCAAAGCAGAAGGGAUGGAACCGAUCACCGUUCCUCUAGAGAGGGAGAGUGGAGUAGGGAAUCAGAUUUGUCAAAGAAAAGUCUGCGGAGAUAGGGUGAACACUUACGACUGUGGAGAAGAAAUUGCAGACUGGUUGACUGAGUUUUUUGGGCGCCAAUGCCGCUUGACCAAGCAAAGUUCGGAUUUCAGAAGAACUGCAAAUAAGAAACAAGUUAAAGAACUGUCGUCAAGCCCAGCGGCCUCGCUUUCUCUGGUAAAUCAAGCUCAAUAUCUCUUGAUAAACACCGCAAGUAUUUGGGAACUUCAGCAGCAGUUAAACAACAGAGUGGAGAACCGGAGUGAAGAAUUAUUUGAAAUAAAGGAACUCAUCUCUCGCUUCCGGGCCAACAUUGUUAUCAAUGGAACCGAGGCUUUUGAAGAAGAGAUGUGGGCAGAGGUUCGCAUUGGCACUCUACAUUUACAGGUUUUGGGCCCAUGUCACAGGUGCCAAAUGAUUUGCAUUGAUCAAGGAAACGGACAGGGAAACAAAGACGUUUUCCAGACUCUAUCUGCCAGUCGAGACAGAAAGGUUAAUUUUGGAAUAUACCUGAUGCAACGCUCUUCAGAUGUGUCUCCUCCUCGUCUCUUGUCUGUGGGAACUCCAGUGCUCUCUGUGUUGAAGGAGGAUGAGAAAACACACGGUUGACCAGGGUGUGAACAGAAGAUGCCAGGAUAACACCUGGGCAAGAUUGACAGGCCAAACAGACUCUCUCACCCUGUGCCAGCUUCCUCCUACCCCAGGACUGUAAAGUAACCACUGCCAUGUUUCCUGGAGAACUGACUCCAAAAG